AUCGUUGUCCGAAGGGGGAGCCUGUGCUCAUUGUUAUGUGCUUCAUUCCUCCUUCUGUAUUUGCAUUUGCAAUUUUGUGUCAGUUUCAUAUCGGAGUUGGGAGGUGGCGCAAUACUUCCUUGCGUUUUAUUAAUAUAUAUAUAUUAAAAUAAACACGCACCGAUAUAUACCGUCUUUCAGAGAAUCUGUGGGAUUUUAGCUUUGAAGAAACCAGAGCUAAAACAUCGUCAUCAAAGAACCUACAGUGGAAGACCAAAUCUAACCUGAUCUGAAAGAGAAACGAAGCAUCGAAAGAGAAAAGAUGCUGCUACACUUUUUGCUGGGGUUCUUUGCUUUGCUUCUCCUGCAAGUUGAAGGCAGGCGUCCAGAAAUGAUCACCGUUAACAAUAACAAUGGAAAUUCCUUGGACAAUGACAAAUGGUUGAGCACCGUCUCCCAAUAUGACAAGGACAGAUACUGGAACAAAUUCCGUGAUGACGACUAUUUCAAAAACUGGAGCCCAAGCAAGCCAUUUGACCAAGAGCUGGACUUCAAAGCUGGGAGGGAAGGAGAAACAGGUCGCACAACCAGGGCUGGCUUAGCAAAAUGGAGAACCGAGGAAGGGAGAGCUCUAGAUGCCACAAAAGACCCCUGCUUGAAAGUAAAGUGCCCUCCUCAUAAGGUGUGCAUGACCCAUGACUACCAAACAGCCAUCUGCAUCAACCACAAUCAGCUUGUGCACAGUCUGCAACUUAAGAGAGGAAACCCGGCUCAUAAACACUGGAUGGGAGCUGGAAACCUAGCCAAGUGCAAGCCCUGCCCAGUGACUCACCCCAGCCCUGUGUGUGGCUCCGACGGGCACACAUACUCCUCCAAGUGUAAACUGGAGUUCCAGACUUGUUCAUCUGGAAGGACAAUGUCUUUGAAGUGUGAGGGACCCUGCCCCUGUCUGCCUGGUCAAGAGGUAGUCAGACCCAGGAGUGAGAAGAACGCUUGCAAUGACCGUGAGUUGAGGAACUUGGCCUCCAGGCUGAAGGACUGGUUUGGGGCUCUCCAUCAUGAUGCCAAUAGAGAUAUGAAACCCACAGCAAGCUCAGAUUCAGCAACAAGCCGGUUUGACACUAGCAUCCUCCCCAUUUGCAAGGACUCACUGGGUUGGAUGUUCAACAAGCUGGACAUGAACUAUGACCUCCUGCUUGACCAGAGCGAGUUGAGCGGCAUUUACCUGGACAAGUACGAGCAAUGCAUGAAGCCACUGUUCAACUCCUGUGACUCCUUCAAGGAUGGGAAGCUGUCCAACAAUGAGUGGUGCUAUUGCUUCCAGAAGCCCGAUGGACUCCCAUGUCAGAAUGAAAUUAGUAGGAUUCAAAACCAGAGCAGACAAACAACUCUUGUAGGAGUUUUCAUCCCAAGAUGUAACGAGGAAGGCUAUUACAAGUCCACCCAGUGCCAUGGUAGCACUGGGCAGUGCUGGUGUGUGGAUAAAUAUGGCAAUGAGAUUGCAGGAUCCAGGAAACACGGAAAUCCCACUUGUGAGGAGGACCAGGAGACCUCUGGUGAUUUUGGCAGUGGCGGCGCAGUGGUUCUGCUGGACGACCAGGAAGACGAUCGGGAGCAGGCUGAGAAGCAGAAGGAGCAUAAGGUCAGAGUUCACCCAAGAGGCGCCAUCGAAGAUGACGAGGAUGAGGAGGAUGACAAGGACGAUGAGGUCGGCUAUGUCUGGUAGUUUUCCGACGGCUUGCCAGGGACUCUCAUUGAUUGCACAGAUUUUAAGCCAUUCCACCUCUCCUUCUUUCUCAUACAAUAAACAAAAACUGAAACACCAAGUAGAUUUUAAAAACAUCCCUUAUCCCUAUUUAUUCAAUAGCAGUGUCCGGUGUAUUCUUUACAUUGGUUCUUAGGUUUCCACCGCAACCCCCUGAAUCCAUUGGUUUGAAAGUCUCAGUAGCAGGAUUUUAUUUCUCACUUCACAAAACACACAUUGUCAGCCAUAGGGCACUGAAAGAGUUCAAAGUGUUCAGAGCUGAUAGGUCUUGAAAGCAGACAUGAUGAAGUUUACUGGCUAGAUAUAUCUGGAGAUAAAUUCUUCUGACAUUACUGUAACGUGACCUCCAAGGUGUCAGUAGUCUUUACAGAAGUGAGGCAUGACAAUUGACAUUAUCUUGUACUGAAAGAAGCGGCCUGUUGGGUUCAUAAUGACGCCAUGCUCAGGUUAGCAACUUGAGUCCACCCAAUAUUGUUUUUAAUCAAUUUAAUUUGGGGUUAACUGCCCUUCAUUUUGUUGAAAUACUGUGAAGUCUCCUAUAGAGGAAUCAACUCACAGACAACACAUCUACAUAUUAAUUGAAGGUACUGCUUUUUAACCAUGUCUACUUUCUGACCUAGCACCUUUUUUUCCCUUUAAGAUAGUCUAUAUAUACAGUUUCGAUUUAAACAUUGCUAUAAAUGUUGCACAAACCUAGUGAUAUAACUCAAUGAACAGGCAUACAGGUGGUACUGUAGACCUAGCAUACAGCCAUGACAUUUUUGUUUAAAUACUAUUACUGUACCUAAAUGCUAGCAGUGGACAUAGACAAGAGUUUAAUGUGGUGUUGUUUGUCUUUUAUUUUUGCCUAACUUUGAAAAUGAGAUAGAGAAGAGGGUAAUUAGUCAGUCCACUGUUCCUCUGGGAAACACAUCCAUCUCAUAUAAUAAAACAAAACACACAGCCAGUGAAUGAAAGGCGCAUAUUGUCAACUAGGACAAAUAUAUAGGCUUGUUCAUAAUUUAAUAUUUUUUAUAGCAACACUGAAUAACAUAAAUGGAAACAGGGAAAACAUAACUGAUAACACAUUGGAUUGGUCUGAUAUUCAGUUUAACACAAUUGAAAUCAAACUAGAUUGCCCUGCCUUACCAAACUCUCCUGAUAUUAAGGUAGGCUAGUCCAAAUAGACAUAACAGACAAAAUAUCUCCUCUGGUAAAUUCUUGAAAGGGGCAUACAUUGGGUGUAAUAUAAUGUGUAGGUUCACAGAAAUAUAGUUUGUGCAUGCGAUCUGAUUUAACAUUAGGAACAUACCUGCUAACAUACAAGCAAGAUAUUAUAAUUCGUAUAUCACAGAAUAAAAAAAAGGUCUUUCAAUUGUACAUCACUAUUUAACAUAAAUACAUUUCAUAUUGCCUUCCUUUUAAUGUACUUUAUAGAAAUCGAGAAAUGAAUGUAUUAUUAUUCGGAGUGUGCCCCAACCUGUAACCCUAUAUGGGGGUAAGCUGUGACCCUCCAGUUGUAAAUAAAUUAGACAGUGGAGAGGACAGGGUGGAGAUGGUUAGACCAAGUUAUGUGUCUUCCCAAUGCAGUCACGUCAAUUACUGAUGCAUCAUUUGCUGUCAUUUAAAUCACCAUUUCACCCAAAAAUACUAAACCACAGUUCAGGUCAACACAAUGCAAACGCAGUUUACUUAAGUCCAUUUAAUCACAGACUAUAUACUAUUAUAUUAUUCAUGUUUUAUAGCUGUUUAAAUUCCAUGGUCAAGAUCUUGUUUAGAGCUGUUGUUCAAAAUAGAGGGUUUAAGCAACAUCCAUUCUUACUCCCUAUAUUUUUGGGGCAGAACAGUUGGGGAAUCUCUGAGUUUUGUACAAAUUGUGUUUGUUCUCUAUUGUGGUACAUUGCCUUGAAUAUUGGGGCACUGAUGAUGCCCAAAUAGUGAUAUGUCUUAUGUAUUUAAAGGUAAAAAACAGGAAAUGUGACAUUCACCAAACCAUGAUCAUUUUAUACUUCACGGGAAAUGCUAAGUGUGCAGAUCUUUACAAGAUUGUCAAACGAAAUCCAGCCAGAACACAUUUGAAAUAUUAUGAGCAAGCCUUGGAAAGUUUUCUUUUUAUUUAAACAAUUAAAUUUGCCAAUACACACAUAAUAUGCAAAUAAGGAGAACAUAUUUAAAUGCCAUGAGCAUGACUUGGUAAGAUAAUUCCCCCCUAUAACAAACAGGCUUAUUUAGAGCAGCUACAGAGCUCAUGAAUAUGUAUUUAAAUCAAUCACUGUGUUUUUUCUUAUUUUAAAGUGAAUUUUAUAAAAUGAGGUUAUUAUGUUAAAAAGUAAGGACAGUUAUUCACUGCACUUUCCUGCCCUAUAGAUAAAAAGAAAGCAUUUUUUUCGGUGCCACCUAUUCAAAACCAUUCCACAGCUGCAAAUCUGUCAAAUAAACAACAACGGCAAUGCUGCUAUGAGCCGUUAUACUGUCAUAUUGGUUUGCUAUUCCACAACUGGUUCCAUUGGCAAUUCUGUCUACUGUAUAUGCAAUGCAUUUUAUAUAUACUAUAGUGCUGUCAAAAUAACUACAUUUCCACUAGUUCAAAAGUUUUUAUCACUUUGUAAAGGAUGAACUCCCUUGUACAGUCUAGGGUCCAACAUUUGUGGUGUGUUAGCUGAAAUCACAGUGACAGUGACUAGACAGGGAUUUUAAGUAACCAGUCAUGCUGAAGGAAAGCAGUUCUGCCUCUGCACCAGUUUCCCCUGUAGCCGGUUUUAACUUAAUGUUCUCUUGUCAAACAUCUGCAAAGGUUAUGCUUAACCAUCUAUAUAUGUCCCCAGAAGACUCUUCUUGGUCUUAAUCUUUUCCUAGUGCUGCAAAAACUGAUUUGUUUAACUUAAAUUCAAUUAUGAUAGAUUCUGGCAAGCUUCAGCUUCUAUAGCAUUGCUUUGUUUUUUUUUCUGUUUUGACUUUUCAUUUUAUUGUAGUGUAGCAAUUUCAUUCUUACACAUAUACACUUCUCCCAAACGGGGAUCAGAGGGGAUUGAACUGUGCUGCGGUUCAUGUGGAUGAAAAUGGAAUGGAAUACAUUUCCUUCUGCAACUGCAUGAUCACCCUUCUAAUCUAUUGAUGUCUCACAGUGUAGCCCAUUUACUUCUAACAAAUCAGAUUAGUUGCAUUUAUAAACGCAUUUAUAGAAUACAUCAGAACUCCCUGAUAAUCCCUGAUAACCUGUUAGAGACCUCAUCAUCAAACCUGAAAUAUAUACACCACAAGGAGAACAAAGGGACCCACUGUACUUUUAAGGAAUAACGGGAACUAAAUUCUCCUGGGCAAAAGAUACAAAACCUGCUACAAGAUAUAUACACACAUUAACACUGUCAGACACCCCAGGAGUUACAGAUCAGUUUGGUGUAAUAGGCCACGGCAGCUAAAACUGCUGGUCUUUAAUCUCUUUGUUAAGUUUCUUUAUGUAUGUUAAAAAAUAAAUACAGUUUCAACAGCACCAGGUAGUAAACCAUAAUGACAAUUCUGACAUAUUUCUCCAUCCGCUUCAUUUGGGAUCUAAUUUGGCUUUAAAACCUAUUGACAGCCACGGUUUGAAAAGGACACAUCUUUCUGUCACUGCAGUUCCUGGUUGCAAAAGGUUUACACAUGUUGCAUAGAAUCGUAGCAUGUCAGUUUAUGUCAGUUUAUGUCAGUUUAUGUCAGUUUCUUUCUUUUUAAAAUGUAAUACUACAUUACACAUUAAUAAACUACAUAUUGCACAAUGACACAAAUGGGCAUGUUUGCAAAGUUUUUAUUUUAUUCAUUUUAUAUUUUUUACUUUGUAAAGAAAAGAAAAAAACUAAAUAUGCCAUAUCUGGCUUUGUGGCUGUAUUUAUUUGCAUCAGAUGUGUUUAAGUUAGUUGUCUUCAGCGUAGAUCUAUUUAGAACUAGAAUAUUGUGUGUUUUUAAUGUUUUGUUUUUCUGCUGGAGUUAAAAUGGAAUGUUGAUGUUUUUGGCUGACCUGAUUUCAGUGUAUCUGUUCCAUUUUGUCUGUCUCAAUAAAUUUAAGUCUGUCCACUAAA